UGGGACAUCUGCACGGUUCUCAGUUGGAAAUUAGAGAGACACUACGGCCGAAUACUACGAUUAACAAGCGGUCAUCAUGAAGCUCGCUAUAGUCUGCGUUCUCCUUUCCGUCUUCUGUCUUAGCCAGGCCCUACUGUUUGACGACCUGUUUGGCCCCGGUCCCACCCACUGUGUGACGGACGGCGACUGUGGAGAUGGCUGUUGUUUAUUUGACGGACGUCGACACACGUGCUCUCACCGAACCAUCGGGUACCUCCAACGCUGUCAUCUCAACGGUCAUGAAUAUUCAUCGUGCGGUUGUACCGACGGUUAUCACUGCGAGUCUCUGGAUCAUCUGAGUCUCGCUAUUGAGUCAUCAAACAUUCCAGCCGGAUAUGGGGUCUGUGAACAUGGCGUCGGCAACCGAACAACGACAGCAGCGCCACUCAUCGCCGUAGAACAGGGUUAAACGACGACAUUUUGAAAUCAAUAUCAAUGUCUAUUGAAUCAAAGUUGUGAAUAAAUUGUUAUCAUAUUCGUGUAUGGGAGACACGAGUUUCUUACUAUUA